AUGAAGAACACAAACGAGCUAGAGCUUCUGCAAAUAACAGGGAUGUCAGCACUAUCUUUGAUGGUUUAUUCAUCGGGAUAUAGAAAAACCAUGCUCAACGACUUCCUAUUCUGCAUAGUUCCUCAGUAUUGCGCCAUAAUGUUCCCUAACGAGAUAUGGAUCUUAUACCUCUGUUUGGUUAUUCUGGCUAAAUACCCAAAGAUAAGAAGGAGCAAGGAGACUACGAAUGAAAAGACAUCAGUCAUAGAUCACUUGCGAUUCACAAUCUCGGCCCUGGUUGUGAUUGCAAUAUAUGGCGUAGACUUCACAAUGUUCGAUAAAAGACUUGGAAAGUCUCACUUCCUUGGAAUAUCGCUGAUGGACAUAGGAGUGGGAAGUUUCAUAUACAAUAGUGGGGUUGUAAGAUGUAAAAGCAGGUUCAAAAGAAAGCACGUAAAGUCUUAUCUCAUCCUUAUCCUUCUAGGAUUCGUGAGGUUCUUUGUUGUCAAGUGGUUCAAUAUUAGCGUGAAUCCAAAAGAAUAUGGAACACACCUAAAUUUCUACUUCUUACUUGCAAUUGUGAAUUUCAUAUGCUCAAUGGUAAAGUCUAGGUACAACUUCCUUCUCGGGCUUCUGGUAAUAACUGUAUAUGAGGGGGUCCUCAGGUUCUCUAGGCUGAUGUUCUUCAUCUUCUCGGAUGAAAGAAGAACUUUCUUGGAAAAGAACAAGGAAGGGUUGACUGCAAUCAUCUCAUAUGUAUCCAUAUUUCUGAUGGCAACAGAAGUUGGAAGGAUAUGCCUAUCUCAAGGCAAAAUAAGAAGAAAGGCAUUAAGAGUCUUAGGCAUGUCAGGGAUAUUUGCAUGUCUCUAUGUGACAUCCUGCUUCUCUUGUGAGGGAUCUAGAAGACUAGGAAAUGCGGCAUUUGUGUUUUGGAUACUUGCCCUUCAUACAUUCCAUGUGGGGAUUUACAUGCUUUUAGAAAGUACGAUCGUUAUGUAUAACCCACUAGUGGUUAUGUUCUGCAGCUCCAACAUGAUGUUUAUCUUCCUAUUUUCGAACCUGAUUGUCUUGGUUGGAAAUACUUUCUUUGAUCUUAAGAGCUUUUCGCCUAUAGCUGGGCACCUGAACAUGCUUGUUUACCUGAUAUCUGUAUUUUUGGCACCAGCCUUGUUAGCAAGUAGAUUCGACCUCCGAUGGAUAGGGCUAGGAUAUAGGCCUUGA